AUGCGAUUUCUUGUCCAUGACUGCUACUACUACUACUACUACUACUACUACUACUACUACUACUACUACUACUACUACUACUACUACUACUACUACUACUACUACUACUACUUCUACUUCUACUUCUACUUCUACUUUUACUACUACUACUACUACUACUACUACUACUACUACUACUACUACUACUACUACUACUACUACUACUACUACGCGUACCACUUGUUUGUUUGAUAGUCAUGGCGUGGUUGCUUCACAGUAGUUGACUGUUUUUGACACAAACUUCCCUUGAAAUUUCGGGCCUGCCUCUAAAAAGUUAUGUCUCAAUCACUUAAUUCCUUGUCUCACGCUUAAUAAUUUCUGAAAUCACUAGCUGGUCCCCAAGGUGGUCAAUCGUCUGUGCCAGAGUGUGCUUCAGUUUUGAAGUGGACAAAAUUCUACGUGAGAGGGGCAAGUCUGUUUUGUUUUUAAGCAACGCAAUUGACGUAAGCACUUUUUUUCUAUUCGAGGACGUGUGAUAUCAUUAAGUAACACAAAUGAUCAAGGGAGAAAGUGCAUUUUCAGCAUGCCAAGUAGUCCGUUUCCUGUGGGAAAGCGGAAAAAUGUCCAAGAGUGAGUGGAGAUGUACUUUUAUGCUUGGUACGUUGUGAUCAGGCCUGAGAUGGCCGGUCUCCAAGGGAGUCACGGAUCGCACUUCUCCAUGCGUGACGAUCUGCGACAGCGAGCCUGGAGAACUUAACUCACUAUCUCUUCCAGAGACGGAGAGUGAAUACUGAAGGUUCAUGAAAUACUUCCAUGUGUUGACAGACUGUGUCGGAUCAGGUUUAGUCUUGGCCUCCACUUAAACUCCUUCAGGCUGGCAACGGCUCCAGAUAGCGGGCAGAAACACUCAGCUCGUGGAACGGACGACUAAGCAGGUGUCCACAGCACCUCAGCCGUCUGUCGCGGAUGCCCUGAGAUGUCCUCGAGCUGCUGUCGCGGCGAGUGGGGACUGUCUCGUUCACAACCAAGUUUAUCUACUUCACUCACUGGAUGGUUCUCGGGCAGAGGCGGUAAAAACCUACAGCUUUCGCUCUCAUUCCACGCGCACGACGCAGCAUUCACAACCGGAAAACAGGACGGGAUCUUUCCGCAAAGGAAGAUACUUCGUCAGAUCCACAGACACUUCCUAGAGGUGGGAAAAGACCUGCAAGUAGAAUCGAUUUGACAGGCCGUGGCAUCUUCGUGAUGUUCAUGCGACAGUGGCCUCAUUUGGAACCACCAACCUCUUCAUGUUGAAUGCCAGUAAUCCCAAGAGGAUGCCGUUUCCUGAUCAGGGAUCCAAUUCGAAAACACUUUGAUCUUCCCGACGUUUACGGACAAAACGGCCUAUUUUACGACUUCUUUUGCCCGUGACAGUCAAAAACAGUCGACAAAACUUGAGGACAGCGAAGCGACCAUCAAAACCGUGCAGGGACCUGCCGAGUAUCCAGCCGACGCCAUAGUUGAACAGAAUGGGUGGCGGGAUGCAGUCCUUAAGAACGCCGGAGCCGAUACCGAACGGUCGGGGAAGAUUGUAAUGGAUCAGCAUUUGCGCAGCGGUGGAGUGACAGCAGGCUCUGAUCCUGAAAGAUGA